CACCUGUUGCUUUGUCUGUCUGAUUCUCCUGGCCUUUCUCUCACAACAACUCCACCUCCAGUUACUGGAGCAAGCCUCCAUGUUGCUGUGGGCAGCCUUGCUCAUCCUUGUUCCAGUCAGUGGACAAUUUGCUCUACCCAAACCUGUGAUUUCCCUUCAUCCUCCAUGGACCACAGUCUUCCUCGGAGAGACAGUGAACCUGACUUGCAAAGGAUUUCACUCCUACAAACCAGAGAAAACAAAAUGGUACCAUGCAAACUACAAGGGGGAAAAGGAAGAAAGAGAAAUCUCAGGCAAUACCCUGAAGGUCUGUGGAUCUGGAGAGUUCAAAUGUCAGGUUCGGGGCUCACCUCCAAGUGACCCUGUGCGCUUGUAUUUUUCUACAGGUUUGUUAAUCUUGCAGGCUCCACAUUCUGUGUUUGAAGGAGACACAUUGUUUCUGAGAUGCCAAAAACAAGGGAAGAAGAAACUAUCUGCUGUCAAAUAUAUUUGGAAUGGAAACACACUCUAUAAAUCUAACAAAAGCUUGGAUCUUUCUAUUCCAAGAGCAAGCUUAAAUAACAGUGGCCAUUACCAAUGCAUUGGAUUUAUGGACAAAAAUCAUGUGCUUGAAUCAAAUCCCAAAGUUAUUAAAAUUCAAGAACUAUUUCCACGUCCAAAGCUGAAUGCCACAGCCUUUCAGCCUAUGGAGGGGUCUUCUGUCAACCUGACCUGUGAAACACAUCUCCAUCCAGAGCGACUAGACACUCCCCUUCAUUUCACCUUCUUCAGAGACAAAGGAGUCAUCCUGUCAGGCUGGAACAACUCCUCAGAGCUCCAGAUCCCAAUCAUCUGGAAAGAAGACUCGGGAUUAUAUGGUUGUGGCAUCGAAACCAUGACCCAUAGUGUCCGCAAACACAGUCUCCUGCUAGAGAUCAGCGUGCAGAGGAUCCCUGUGUCCCAAGUCUCCAUGGAGACCCAGCCCCCAGGAGGCCAGGCAGUUGAAGGGGAGACACUGGUCCUUGUCUGCUCCGUGGCGGAAGGCACAGGGUACACCACGUUCUCCUGGCACAGGGAGAACAUGAAGGAGAGUCUGGGGAGGAAAACUGAGCGUUCCCAGAGAGCAGAGCUGGAGAUCCCUGCCAUCAGGGAGAGCCAUGCCGGCGGCUACUACUGCACAGCUGACAACAGCUACGGCCCUGUCCACAGUGAGGUGGUGAACAUCACUGUGAGAGAGAUCCCAAGCAACAGAAGCAACCUCAUGGGUUUGGGAGCUGCUGGAGGGUUCUUCAGCAUUCUUCUCCUGCUGUUUUUCUGCUGGAGCUGGAGGAAAUCAGGAAAUAAUUUCCAGGAAGAAGAAACUAGGAGCCCUCCCAACCCUGCCUCUGGAGAGUCCCCUUGGUCCAUCUGCCCUGCUCAGGUCCAACUGCAACCCUUGUAUGUUAAUGUGCAAUACCAAGAGGGUGACUUGGUGUAUUCUGAGAUCCAGACUAUUUGGCUAAGAGGAGAAGAAGAAGCCAGAGCCUCCAGGACUUCGCUAGAGCAAAAGAGGACCUCAAUUGUCUACUCUGAGGUGAAGAUACAGCCCUCCACUAACCCAGCAGAAGAGGUCAGCAGCUCCAAGGAUGAAGACAUGGAAUGUCAUACAAACGUCUUCAACCAAAAACUGAUGUUCCUGGGACAAUACCUGCUUUGGCCUCCGUUCUGGAUGGUUCUGGUCUUCAUGCCACUGUGGGCAAUAUUACUGGUCCUGGGUCCUGUCCCUGGACAAUCUGUCAGUAGACAAUUUACAGCUGCACUCAAAUCUAGGAUUUCUGUACAGCCUCCAUGGACCAAUUAUUUUUCAGGAGACACAGCGACUCUGUCUUGCCACAAACCUGGCUUCUUGCCAUAUCAAAUAAAAUGGUACCGUGGAGGCAGACUAUUAAGCCGCAAUACUAAUACGUUUCAAGUCAAUGAAUCUGGAAAUUUCAAAUGCCAGGCUGACAACUUACCUCCAAGUAAAUCUGUGCACUUGGACUUUUCCAAUGCUCAGCUGAUCCUACAGGCUCCAUUUGAGGUGUUUGAAAAAGACUCUGUGGUUUUAAAGUGUCAGGAAAAGAAACGAACAUCAAGGAGUAAUAUAACAUUUUACAGGAAUGGCCAGCAUUUACCACAUCAAGGAGCUGAGUACCACAUUCAAAAUGCAGAUCUACAGCACAAUGGUGACUAUCACUGUAAAAACAGAUAUGCUUCUUCCAACAAGGUCAAAAUCCAAGUCCAAGAACUGUUUCCGCGUCCUGUGCUACUUGCUAGACCUUCCCAGCCCAUAGAUGGAAGCCCAGUGGACCUCAUCUGUGACACCCAGCUCUCGCCACAAAAAUCAAAUGUCCAGCUCAAGUUCUGCUUCUUGAAAGAUGACCUGAUUUCUAGGCAAGUCUGCAGACGAGACCCAGAGUAUCACAUUCCUGCCAUAAGGAAAGAAGAUUCAACGUCUUACAUAUGCAAGGCAGGGACUUCCAAUAUUUGGAAAACCAGCCGUCCAUUCCAAAUUCCUGUGCAAAUUCCUGUGUCUCUGCCUGUCCUCACCCUCAGCACCGCUAGAGCCAAAGCUCUGGAGGGAGACAUGGCAACACUGCGCUGUGAAGCCCAGAGAGGCUCUCCACCCAUCUGGUAUCAGUUCUAUCAUGAGAAUGUCCCCCUGGGGAGCAGCACAACCUCCUCUAUAGGAGGAGCAUCCCUCAGCUUCCCUCUGACCACAGAGCAUUCUGGAAAGUACUACUGCACAGCCAGAAACCAUCUGAGGCUCCAGUACAGUAAGGCUGUGAGCCUCUUUGUCAUUGUUCCGGUGUCCCGGCCUACUCUCACCCUCAGGACUCCUAGGACCCAGGCAGUGGUAGGGGACACGAUUGAGCUUCACUGUGAGGCCCCGAGAGGCUCUCCCCCCAUCCUGUACCAGUUUUACCAUGAGAACAUAAUCCUGGGGAGACACACAGCCCCUUCUGGAGGAGGAGCAUCCUUCAACCUCUCCUUGACUGCAGAACAUUCUGGAAAUUACUUCUGUGAAGCUAACAAUGGCCAGGAGGCCCAGCGCAGUGUCACAAUAACACUCAAUGUCAUCGUUCCGGUGUCCCACCCUGGUCUCACGCUCAGGAUGCCCAGGACGCAGGCUGUGGUGGGGGACACGGUGGAGUUUCACUGUGAGGCGCUGACAGGCUCACCUCCAAUCCAAUACCAAUUUUACCAUGAGAACGUCAACCUGGGAAACAGCUCAGCCCUCUCUGGAGGAGGAGCAUCCUUCAACCUCUUUCUGACUGAGGAACAUUCUGGAAACUAUUUUUGUGAGGCCAGUAAUGUUGCUGGAGCCCAGCAGAGUGAGGCAGUGAGCAUCAAAGUUAUAGUUCCAGUGUCCCGCCCCGUCCUCACCCUCCGGGCACCCAAGGCCCAAGUUGUGGUGGGAGACGUGGUGGAGCUUCUCUGCGAGGCCCUGAGCGGUUCGCCCCCCAUCCUGUACCAGUUUUAUUAUGAGAAUAUCACCCUGGGGAAUAGCUCAGCCCCUUUUGGUGGAGGAGCGUUCUUCAACUUUUCUGUGACUAGAGAACAUUCUGGAAACUACUCCUGUGAGGCCAAUAACCGCCUGUGGGCUCAACAGAGUGACAAGGUGACACUUUUUGUCACAGGGUUGACCGGAGAUAGAAGUGGUUCUGUGGCUGCAGGACUCACUGGGAUGCUGCUCAGCAUGGUGGUCCUGGCUGCUGGCGCAUUGCUGUUCCAUUGUUGGCUCUCAAGAAAAGCAGGUAGAAUGCCUGCCUCUGACCCCACCAGGAGGCCUUCAGACUCAGAACCCCAAGAACCUACCUACUCGAAUGUAUCAGGCUGGGUAGAACUGCAACCAGUGUACAGCAAUGUAAAUUCUCUAGGAGGAGAUGUGGUUUACUCAGAAGUACGGUGGUGCACCAAGGCAAGGCCAUAUGCAGUGGCCUCUGUACCCAUGGUCCCUGAAAAUAAGGGCUCCCCUGUCAUCUACACAGAGGUGAAGGUGGCAUGCACUUCGGCUUCCAAGCCCAACUGUCAGCCUCCUCAAUGAUGCACACAUGAUUCUGCAACCUGUCCAGCUGCUGCUUCAACUGCUGCACCUCUCCGUGGGACAAAUGGAUUGCCGAAGUAGAAAAUCCAGCCCUGCUGGACUCCUGCUUGUUUCCCAGGCUACCACCCUGUGCUGGGAGAAUGUUUACUGUUAUUCCCAGCACAGGCUGCAGGCAUUGCCUUUCCUGGCGGCUUUGGUAGGCUUCAGCUGUGGUUGCUGCUGGUGUUCCUCAGCAAGGACAGCCUCUCAAUUGUGCUUUUAGGAGUGUAUUUCUCAAUUACCAUCUGCCUGGUGCAGUUCCUACCAUCCUAUGCCAAACAGAAAGCACAUAUCCCAAAGAACAAUGGACUGAUCAACCUCUCUCUAGCAGGACUGUGUUUGACCCUCUUGAAACUCUAUCUGUCUGAAACUCUUAAGGCCAGCCCCUGACUGCCUGAUGGAAUUUGGGGUGAGGAGGAUGCAUGUCUUCCCAUCACUCCUAUCAUUGCCUCUUUGUGGAGGGAACCCCUAUGGACCAUAUUCCCGGCCCUUCUCUGCCCUUACUCCCUCCUCACUUUCUAAGCUAGCGUCACUGACACAACUCCCCGGUGGGUCCAGAAGGAAUGUAUGGGCCUGCAUGAUCCAGCCCCUCAGUCUCCCUUUCUCAUAAUCAAGGGACUCGCACAGAAGCUCAUGUUCGCCUCUGCCCUACGUUUCCAAGAACCUGCCUCUUUAAAAUAAUAAAUAAAAAGUGCCUGCAGCUUCAGGAACAUAA